AAAAUCGUAUUGACGAAGUAAAGAGUAGAAAAGCGAAUACCAAUAGACAACUCAGAUAUUACCGUUGUGAGUAGAAAUAUCUGAAUCUAGAGGAGAGAAGGCUGCCAUGGGAGCUCUGGAUCAUCUUUCAAACAUGUUCGAUUGCUCAGGAGGAAGCAACAGAAAGUACAAAAAACGCAAGCAAUUGCAGACUGUCGAGAUUAAAGUGAAGAUCGACUGUGAUGGAUGCGAGAGGAAGGUGAGGAGAUCGGUAGAAGGGAUGAAAGGUGUGACAUCUGUAAGCAUUGAGCGGAAGCAACACAAGCUUACAGUUGUCGGUUAUGUGGAGCCUCACAAAGUCUUGUCACGUGUGGCUUAUCGAACCGGCAAGAAGGUCGAGCUUUGGCCCUAUGUUCCAUAUGAUAUCGUGGCCCACCCCUAUGCACAAGGUGUGUACGACAAAAAGGCACCAGCUGGCUAUGUGAGGUAUGUCGAUGACCCGCACCAGAACCAGCUGGCACGUGCAAGCUCGACUGAGGUUCGGUAUACAACCGCUUUUAGCGACGAAAAUCCAGCUGCGUGCGCUAUCAUGUGAUUGGUUGAAGUAAUAGUUGAAUUUUAAAAAAUUAAACGAAAAAGUAUGAAAUAUAUAAUAUGUAUAACAAAUAUAAGUAUUGUGGGUGCAUAUGUUUAGAACCUAUCGAUAAAAGAAAGCAAAGUUUCAUUAUUUUUAGAGUAAA